AACUCCCUGUCAUAAUUCAUAAACCCUAGCACGCUUUCUCCUCCCCGACGGGCUCCGCCUUACUGCUCGGAAUUCUUUGAACUUUUGAGUGCUUCGUUCGUAAUCGAGUUCUCAUGGUUCACCAUUGUUUUUGAUUAGAUAUAUGUAAAAUGGAGCAGAGAUUGGCUAAUUCCUGGAGGUUGACUGUGAACGACAAGCAAUUCAUCGAAAACGCUUUGGUUUCCGACCUCAGAGUCGACGGCCGGCGCCCUUUCGAUUAUAGACGGCUCACUAUCAAGUUUGGCAGAGAUGAUGGCUCAUCAGAGGUGCAGCUGGGGCACACACAUGUGAUGGGAGUUGUUACUUCUCAAUUAGUGCAACCUUAUCGUGAAAGACCUAAUGAGGGAACCCUUGCAAUCUAUACUGAGUUUUCUCCAAUGGCUGAUCCUUCAUUUGAGGCAGGCCGUCCUGGAGAGUCCGCUGUGGAGUUGGGACGCAUAAUUGAUCGUGGAUUGAGGGAAAGCCGAGCUGUAGAUACUGAGUCUCUCUGUGUUGUUGCUGGGAAAUGGGUUUGGGCUAUUCGUAUUGAUCUUCACAUUCUAGACAAUGGAGGGAAUCUUGUUGAUGCUGCCAAUAUUGCUGCCUUAGCUGCUCUCUCAACAUUUCGUAGACCUGAAUGCACCUUGGGAGGAGAAGAUGGUCCGGAAGUGAUAAUGCAUCCACCUGAGGUUAUGGAGCCCCUUCCUUUGAUUAUACACCAUAUGCCUAUAGCAGUCACCUUUGCAUUUAUCGGUAAAGAUAACAUUGUGGUGAUAGAUCCAACUCAUUUUGAAGAGGCUGUAAUGGGAGCUAGAAUCACUGCCACCCUAAAUGCAAAUGGUGAUGUUUGUGCAAUCCAAAAGGCUGGAGGAGAUGGUAUUGUGCAGGCUGUUAUAAUGCAAUGCCUACGCAUUGCCUCAGUAAAGGCUUCAGAUAUAACGAGCAAGAUAAAGAAUGCGGUUGAAUCAUACAACACAGAAAGGGCUCUUAGAAAGAUCAAGCGGCAUAGACCUGCUAUUGCUGCAGUUAGUGUUAGUGAUCAUGGUCAUGGGGGAAUCAACGAUUUGACUAAACAAAAUAGAAAAGAAAGGGUAAAAUCAGAGGAGUGCGGCGUCAGUCAAAGUAAUGACAUGGAUGUUGAACCGCAAUCUUCAGAGUCAGAUAGAAGUAGCGGGGGAGUUGGAGAAGAUCAAAACAUGCAGGCAGAUCCCACCGAGAAGUCAUACGAAACAGAACCAGGACAACCACAUGCAGAUAUUAAUUCAACAGCUUCAUUAAUGGUGGCACAUGGAAGUGCAACACCAACUGAAAGAGACAACACUUCCGUGGGUGCUGUAAAGCCUAAGCGCAAGCGAAAGAAGAAGAAAGGGUCAAAUGCAAAUGCCGGUGCAAUUUAAAGGAUAUCCGGAGUCUUUCCUCACCAAGGUUCUUGAUUAAGUGCCCUCUUCCUUGAUCAAACUUUGCUUCACCUUCCCCUGAUCCCAUAUAUGUUCCAUAUAGUCUUCCAGUACUCUGUAUUAUUUAUUUUGGUUCUAAUGCAGUAUGACUUAUUCUGUAGUGGAGAUCAAUUUCUGUGAGUCACUGUAUUUUCCUUUGAGCUAUUGAAAUUGCAAAUUCAAGAAAAAUAUGCAUUUUUGACAA